AUGAGCUUGAUGACGUCAAAACCUUGCUGUCCUAUGUAUAAUUUUGCUAAAUUAUACAUAAAGCAAAAUUAUCAAACGGAAUUUCUCCUCUUGUCAAAACCUUGCUGUCCUAAAAGCAAAAUUAUCGGCUUAAUCCCAUGUCGCUUAUCAAACGGAAUUUCAACUACACGUAUGUUGAAACAUCGUGCAUAUUUAAUAUCUGCUGUUAAAGAUGGAAAACGUGGUUUGAGAUCUCAAUUCGUUGCACGAUUUGUUUCUACCAAGGGAGGAAUUGGAGAAAUUUGGAAAUCAAGUGCUCGUUUUCAUUUCUAUCUAAAGGUCCUGGCUCUUUUUGUAGCUGCACGCAUUUUUGGCGGUAUCCUGUAUUGGUUUGCAGUAUUACGACUUGACAAACCCUUUUCGAUUGGAGAUAUAAUACAAGUUGGAUCUGUGAAAGGUAAAGUUAUUAGGAUGGGAGUGAUAAGCACCUCACUGCUUACUGCAGACAAUACUCCUAUGGUUGUACCAAAUACCAUAUUUUCUAGUGAGGCAAUUGUGAACAAAUCAUAUGCUGAUUGGCAUGAAUUGGUGUCCAAUAUUUAUCUUCUAGUUGAUGAGAAUGAGGAGAUCCACAAGAUGGUAGAAGAAAUCAUAGACACGGUGAAAUCGAACCCAAACAUUUACUUGGAGGGAGAGCCGCCGUAUUGUUGCCCUUCUGCUAUUAAAAGUAAUUGGGUAGAGCUUAAUUUUGGAUGCAAACUAAAAAACAUGGGUGAAGGCGACUUACUUUCAGCAAAGCAAGAUAUUCUUCUGCAGUUGGUUAAGAUAAUUGAGAAGCAUGGGCUCAAACUAGAUGAUCACAUGGGGAAACUAAACACUUUCUAACUCUCUGGAUCUGUAAAUAAAUACUUUUAACUUUUGGUUUUGGGUUUCAACACAAAAAAGAUAGUGUUUUUGUGGUCUGUAACCAUCUUCAUUUUAAUCCUUGAAGUUGGUAUUAGGAAAAACACUGAUUGGGUUGUCAACUUAUGUUAAGAAAAUGUCAAAGACCCG